AUGUCGGUGGAAUGGCGGCUCCCAUCGUCUCUUCCCAGCCCCCCUCUGUCUGCACUGCUCCUGGGGGUCGGUGUCACCUGGGGCUGCUACUACCUGCACUACAUCUGUAAGAGACCGCGCCUGGUGGCAGCAGGACGUCUCCGCCAGUUCCUGGAAUCUCACUGCCCCGUGGUGAGGAGCGACUACCGACCGACGUUCUGGUGUGUAGGUGGGAGACUCCAGACCAUCGUCCGAGUACUACUGCUAUCCCGACCCCGACCUACCUACAGGAAUGAGGUGAUCAGCACGGCAGACGGUGGUCAGAUCUCUUUGGAUUGGACCGACAAUGAGGACAGCACGCAUUUCCCAGAAUCCUCCUCUCGUCCUACAAUCCUCCUGUUACCAGGACUGACUGGGAACAGCCAGCAGUCCUACAUCCUGCACCUGGUUCGGCAGGCCCACACCAACGGAUACAGGUGCGUAGUGUUCAACAAUCGCGGUUUCGGAGGAGAGGAGCUCUUGACUCAUCGGACGUUCUGUGCCGCUAACACUGAAGACCUGAGCAGGGUGGUGGAACAUGUCCGGAGUCGCUACCUUGGGGCUCCUCUGUUGGCGGUGGGGGUCUCGAUGGGCGGGAUGGUUCUUCUGAAUUAUUUGGCCUCUACCGGAUCCAGGUCUCACCUCCAAGCUGCGCUGGUGUUCUCCACUCCCUGGGACGUGUUUGCAUCCACCACUUCACUGGAGAGGCCACUAAAUUACCUCUUAUUUAACCGAAACCUGGCCUCCGGCAUGCGGAACACCAUACUUAAGUACCGGGACAUCAUUGGAAAGGUUAUGGAUGUGGAACACAUAUUACAGUCUCGCUCCAUCCGGGAAUUCGAUGAGCGAUACACCUCCGUUGUUUUUGGUUACCGGUCAUGUGACGACUAUUAUCACCACGCCAGUCCCUGCAACAAGCUGGGAAAAGUGAGGACACCAGUACUGUGUGUGAAUGCUGAGGAUGACCCUUUCUCUCCUCCACAAGCCAUUCCGGUGAAUGAGGCCUUGGCUAACCCUAACGUGGCUCUCCUGAUCACAGCUCAUGGUGGACAUAUCGGCUUUCUGGAAGGUGCCUUCCCCAAUCAACAGAGAUAUAUGGACCGCAUCUUCAGCCAGUUUAUGGAGGCCGUGCUUGGUCACAGCAAAGAGCUGAGGGAGGCUACAGCCGAUGAACACUUCUCUUGA